CAGUAAUCGCAGUGGUCGGUUCAGUCAACGUAGUUCAGUCAAACGAUUGUGAACUCGGUAUUCGUGAUUUUUUUUGAUUUUUGUUAUUUUUUUCAUGUUUUCAUCUACACUAUAAUUUCCCAUAAUAAAACGACGAAUUUAUUUCAUUUAAUUCGAAAACAAAUUGGUGAUCGCAUAACACGAAAUCGACAAACAAAUUUUUGUUUUGAAUGGCAAACAUAUUGGUCGCUUUAAUAAAGGGGGACGGUUUUUGAUGUGUGAAACUAAAACAGUGAAGAAAUUGUUGUAUACGUUGUGCGUUGCAUAGCAGGAAAGACGCUCGAUUUAAUUGUUUUUACCAUAAUUCACCGUCGAUUUAUGCAAUAAAUUUGCUUCAGAUUUAUGUUUUAAUUUGGUGAAUUAUGCACUCGUGUGAUUUGCGGUACUUAAUUGGCAACUAUCAGUUAAACAAAAUUUGAAAAAACAAUUGGUAAUUGGGUGCGGUUCAGUGGCUCUGUGUAUGGUUUUUAUGUAUAUUUCGUUUUUGAAGUGAUCAAACAACAUAUUGUGACAGCAAGAACAUUUUAGUGGAACUUUCUGAACAAAAUCAAAGAAAAAAAUAUUUUUUUGGUUUCCUCUACACUUUUUGCCUUUGGAUUACGUUCGCGCUUUACUCAGAUAUAAAAGCGACAAUUGUUCCAAAACACAAUGUGGAAGUUUAUACGCGGUAAAGGUCAACAACCUUCGCCAGAACGACAGCAACUACAAAAAGAAUUAUUCGCAUUUCGAAAGACGGUGCAACAUGGUUUUCCACAUAAGCCAACUGCAUUGGCCUACGAUCCGAAAGAUAAGUUAAUGGCCAUUGGUACACAGUCCGGAGCAAUUAAGGUUUUCGGUCGUCCUGGAGUCGAAUUCUACGGCCAACACUCCGCAACAACGAACAAAAACGAUGACCUAACGGUGCAAUUAUUGGAAUGGGUGUCCGGAACCGGCAGAAUCCUAUCGCUGACGCGUUCGAACGAGUUGGUUUUGUGGGAACCGGCUGGUGCAAUGCUCGUACCGAUAAAAAACCUUUCGUUUGAUGGAAAAUUGAAAAAGGUAUCGUCGCUGUGCUGUUCGGCCCUAAAAGAUGUUGUCUGGAUUGGAACCGAAGGUGGCAAUGUUUAUCAGUUCGAUUUGAAGACGUUCACAAUGAGAGAAUCGGUCAUCUAUCAUGACGUCGUGUUGGAACAAGUACCUGACGAAUAUAAAUUGAAUCCUGGUGCCAUCGAAUCGGUCAAGCAAUUGCCAAACAACUACAACCAAUUGUUGAUCGUCUACAAUCGUGGAUUGUGUGUGACAUGGGAUUUGGAAAAGGCUGCAGUGAUUCGAUCGUUUAUUUCGCCUGGACAUGGUCAAAGUGUCGGAGUAAACAUCAGUCAAGAUGGAGAAAAUUUCACUUGGUAUCAUGCUGACGGGUCUUUUGCCACAUGGGAUCUGAGCACGUCGAAGCCACCAGAAAAUGAGAAGUACGUCCCAUACGGUGAUGACCCAUGCAAAUCAAUCAAUGGUUUGGUGAAAGGCCUACGAGGUGACGACGAAAUCGUUGUGUUCUCUGGAGGUAUGCCACGGUCCGCUUACGGUGAUCAUCAAACGGUCUCGGUGCACUGCGAUGACAAUACAAAAGUUUGUCUGGACUUUACGUCGAAAGUUAUCGAUUUUUUCGUUACCUUCAACGAUGACCAUGAGGGUCAGGCGGAGGUUCUUAUCGUUCUGCUGGAAGAGGAGCUGUGUGCUUUUGAUUUGACCGAUCCAGCACUUCGUGCCGUUAAAACUCCGUAUUUGCAUUCCGUGCACACAUCGGCGGUUACAUGCAAUCAUCUCGUGUCUCAAGUAUCGGCCGAGGUGUACGAAAAAAUUGUUGAAGCUGGCCAACAACAACAAGCCGAUUUGAGUGACAUAGAGUGGCCAAUAACUGGAGGAAGCGUUCCAGAAAAUGAAAACGCUGACGAAACGAACGAAUACGAAAUUUUAAUGACCGGGCACGAAGACGGCUCAGUCAAGUUCUGGGACUGUACGGGUGUGAUUUUGAAGCCCGUGUUACAGUUCAAAACGGCGUCUCUGUUUGGAAGUGACCUCGAAGUGAAUAACGAUUUGAACGAAAGUCAGGAUCAAUUAACCGAAGGUGAUCCACCGUUCCGCAAGGCUGGUUUGUUCGAUCCAUAUUCGGAUGAUCCACGGUACGGAGUCAAAAAAAUCGCUCUGUGCCCGAAGACUGGCCAGAUUAUUGUAGCUGGAACAGCUGGUUAUAUUGUCGUUGCUUCACUAGAUCAUCGCAUCGGUGAGGGACCAAUGAAACUGACCACCAUGAAUUUGGUCAGCGAUCGUGACGGAUUCGUUUGGAAAGGUCAUGAUCCCCUGACGGUCAAAGCCAGUCUAUUAGACGAAGAAGUUCCACCGAUUGAGGAUGGCAUUCAAGUAGUUGGAAUUCUGCAAAUUCUUCCACCUGCUGCUAUCAAUUGUUUGGCUCUGCAAUCCGGUUGGAAUUUAGUGGCGGCCGGUACAUCACACGGAUUGGUUGUAUUCGAUUACGUCAAUCAUCAUCCGGUUCUACAUGAAUGUACUCUAAAUCCAAAAGAUUUGAGUGGUGCCGGUGAAACCCUUUCCCGACGAAAAUCGUUUAAGAAAACGCUUCGAGAAUCAUUCCGUCGCUUGCGUCGUGGUAGAUCGACAAGAACUGCUGGUGGUGGCGUUGUGCCCCCUCCGACAACUAUUGAAACACGUCCAGUUGAAAGACAAAUUGAAGCUCGUCCAACCGACGAUGCUAUGGCUUCAAUGGUUCGAUGCUUGACAUUCGCACAAACGUAUAUCAUAAACAACAAUACAACAACACCAACACUGUGGUCAGGUACUACUGGACUUGUGUACGUGUACAUUCUUCACAUUCCGCCAAAACCAAUCAGUGACACCACACCGGCCGAACAACGUAAACCAAUUACCGGGCAAUUGGCCAAAUCGAUUCAUUUGAAGCAUAACGCGCCCAUCGUCGGAAUCACAAUCUUUGACAAUGCCGGCUAUCCAUUGGAACUGUCUUCCUCGCAAGCAGGCAAAUCAUCUCAUCGCGUUGUCGUUGCCACUGAAGAGCAAUUCAAGUGUUAUUCGUUACCGCUGCAGAAGAGCAACAAUAAUGUGGUCAAGUACAAACUGACCGCUCUGGAAGGGGUUCGCGUGCGUCGUAUGUCGUUCGCUCGAUUCUCCUGCGUCGUUCCGCCGAGUAUUGCCAACAAUGUUUCGAAGAGUCCAUCGAAAACGGACAACACCGCCCAAUUGAAUACAUCGGCUGAUCCAUCGACACCGUUGACACAUUCGGAAGUCGGUCUGUUGUGCUUAACCAAUGCCGGUGAUUGCUUGGUAUUUUCGAUUCCAGAAUUGAAGAAGCAGAUUAAUGCUGCUGCCGUACGACGAGAGGAUAUAAGUGGAAUAUCGUCGCUCUGUUUCACAAACUACGGCGAGGCUCUGUACAUGAUGUCAUCGUCCGAACUGCAAAGGAUUUCCCUAUCGGCAACCAAGGUCGUUGCACUGCAAGGAACAAUCGAUUUGGAACCGUUGUACGAAGAAGAACUGGCACCUGAACUGGAACGAAAAUCCGAUCUGGACAUCAUCAACGAAGAUGCCACACUAACGAAUCACGCAUCGCUAACGGCUGCCAUUGACAACACACUGAAUGGUCAAACCGAAAAUCUUACCAACGGCGAUUCGUCGUCGAACAAUAAUCCGAACGAAACGACAACCAGUUCGAUGGGUGACAUAACGGUCGAUUCGGUUCGAGAUCAUUUGAAUUCGACGGUGACAACAUUACACACAACCACAACCGAAGAAAUUGUCGGUCGAUUGUCUGUUUUAAGUACACAAACGAAUAACACCAUUACCUCCAUAAAUAUGAAAGAAAUUCCAGACAUAAAUUUGCCGAAUUUUAAAGAUUUGUCACCGAUUGGCGAUACCACCGAAACGAGCACCAGUUCGGUGGUUAUUAAAUCGGUCAUCACAAGUAUGACGCAUGGGACACAAAACGGAGACGCUGCGGAAUCAGUGAAAACGACCACCACAACAACGCGUAAAGAGAGCGUAUUUUAAUGAAUUUUUUUUUUAACUUUAUUUAGUUUCUAGUUUUAGUUUUGUAUUUUAAUUGCGUUAUUCAAAUAUCGUUAUUCAGAAACACAACAAGAAUUUUUUUUUGAAAUAAAAGAAGAUAUUUUCUAGCGGCAGCUGUUAAAUCUUUUGGUUUUGCAAUUUUGUUUUUUGUAUUUUAAGCGUUGUCCGAAUUGGAUGCAUUUUUAUGCUUAAAUUUAUUAGAAUAAAAAAAAUAUUUUCAAUUUUAGAUUUUUAUUUUUUAAUUGAUAAAAAGGAAGGGGUUGGAUGGAACAGUAUUUUUUCCUGUGACAUGAAAUGGCAGACUAAAAUAUUUUUAACUAAUAAAAGUAAAAAGUUUCAUAUCAAAAAAGAAAAGAAAAUAUAAAAAAAAUGAUUAACGUAUGGUACAAUCACAAAUUUCUAAACAUAAUCAAUGAGAUCAAAACUGGUUGCCUUAUUUUGAUGGAAGAAAAUAGAAGAAAAAUCCAGCAAAAAAACUAUUUUACAAUAAAAAGUAUUACAAAACCAGCGAGAAAUGCUUGCGUCUUUCGGGUAAAUUAAUUAAAAUUUGAAUUUAAAAAAAUUAUAGAAAGUGAAGCGAUAUAACUAAACACCAUAUAACUAAACCAUUUUGAUGAACAAUUAAUUUACUUAACCAAUGCAAAGGGAAUUUUAAUUUUUUAAUUAAUUUAGAGACAAAAAAAAAUCGAUAAACAAAAAACAUAAAAAUUUUUUUUUAAUGAAACUUAUGAUCCCUCCGUAUGGCCUAUUAUAUAAAAUGCAAUUUAAUUUUCCCGGUCGUGUUGUAUCGUUAGUCUUCAGUUGUAUCGUUAGUUGGUGUAGAUAAUAAUCAGAACCAUCUUGAUGUAUUAAGCCUGAUCAGUGAUCACUGCAGACAAAAUGUAUGCAAUUCAGAGAAAAUAUAUCUUUUUAAUGUGUAGCAAAUU